UACGCUAUUGGCUCACUUCACGCUCUGACAAUUUGAAAAUCAGUGGUCGUGUAUCAGCUGCACUGAGAAGGAAAACAGACAAAGAUUAGGACGUAAUUUGUUCGAAAAUAAAGCAGAAGUUGCCACAAUGGAGGACGAAGCUCAGCUAUCAUGCUGUGUGACGAUGGAGCAGCUGAACACCUCCGGCCAGGCCACCCGGAGGCAGGUCAUGCGUAAGGCCUCUGUUACUUUAGGCCGGAAUGAGUUCCAGGAGAUCAUCCUCCGGGUCCACGACGGAAAAGUCCCCCAGAGCUAUCGUCUCCGAGAGUUCAAACUGUUCACAAAGUUUGUCAGAGAAGGGAAGUGCACGGUCAAACUGCUCCCUGAAAAUAUCCAGGUGCUGAUGUCAAACUGUCCACCGGACAAGCUUAACCUUUUCCUGAAAACCCUGAGCAUCAAACAUCAGGCCUGGAUGGCCAGCAAGCCUCUGAGCGACAGAGAGAAGCUCAAAGCUGGUCUGCCUCGCAGCUUUGAGGCCAUCAGCCCUCUGCAGCAGAAAGACAUCCAGAAGGUCAACGAGCUGAGGAGUAAAGCAGCUCCUAAAGGCCUGACUGACUGUACCAAUAAGACCACUGUGGGGAGGACUGGACAGCAGGUCAAAAGGUCAAGGUGUGACACUAACUUCAGCCCAGUCAAGUCCAACCCAAGUAAGAAGCCCAUCCUUGCUCUGCCGACACGUAAGCUAAAUAAGGAACAGGCGGCCGUCCUCAGUGCUGUACUGAGUGGAAAGAGCGUUUUCUUCACUGGAAGCGCUGGCACAGGGAAGUCCUUCCUGCUGAAGAGGAUCAUGGGAUCUCUACCUCCAAAGAGCACUUUUGCCACGGCCAGCACAGGAGUGGCUGCUUGUCACAUCGGUGGAACAACGUUACACAACUUUGCUGGUAUUGGCUCCGGCUCCGCCCCUCUGGAGCAGUGCAUCGAGCUGGCUCAGAGGCCCGGCGUGCUGCAGCACUGGACCACAUGUCGACACCUCAUCAUCGAUGAGAUCUCCAUGGUGGAGGCCCAGUUCUUCGACAAGCUUGAGUCAGUGGCCAGGUCGGUGAGGAGGUCUACACAGCCGUUUGGAGGCAUCCAGCUGAUCGUGUGUGGGGACUUCCUCCAGCUGCCUCCUGUGUCCAAGGGAAAGGAAAAGGCCAGUUUCUGCUUCCAGGCCAGGAGUUGGCGGAAGGUCAUGCAGCUCAACAUGGAGCUCACAGAGGUGCGGAGGCAAACGGACCAGUCCUUCAUCUCCCUCCUGCAGGCAGUGAGGGUGGGCAGGGUGACAGAGGAAGUAACUACUAAGCUGCUGGAGAGCGCCUACCAUCACAUUGAGAGAGACGGCAUCCUGGCCACCAGGCUUUGCACACACAAGGACGAUGUGGAGCUCACAAACGAGAACAAACUCCAACAGCUGCCAGGCUCUGUGCGCGUGUUUGAGGCCUUGGACAGUGACCCUGCUCUUGUGAAGACCAUAGACGCUCACACUCCUGUUAACAGGGUUAUCCAACUCAAAAUAGGAGCUCAGGUCAUGCUGACAAAAAACCUGGACGUCACUCGAGGUCUGGUGAACGGUGCCCGAGGGGUCGUGGUUGCAUUUGAGUCUGGAAAACAUGGACUCCCACGGGUGCGUUUCGUCUGUGGUGUCACAGAGGUGCUGAAGCCUGAGCGCUGGGUGUUUAAGUCAGGCGGUGGGAUCCACCUGAGUCGACAGCAGCUGCCCCUCAAACUGGCCUGGGCCAUCUCCAUCCACAAGAGCCAGGGCAUGACUCUGGACUGUGUGGAGAUCUCUCUGGCUCGUGUCUUUGAGAGCGGGCAGGCAUACGUGGCAUUAUCUAGGGCUCGGAGCCUGGAGGGUCUGAGGGUCAUGGACUUUGACCCCCAUGUGGUCAGAGCAAAUCCAGAUGUUCUCGUCUUCUACAAGAGACUGAGGAAGGAGAGGCUGCUCAUGCAGGCCUCCAUGGAUGAUUUUCUUGGCAACAGAGAAAACUCUUGGUGAUGCGGUGAAUUCAUCAUCAUCUCCUGUAGCAUUAUGCACCGUGUGCAUGACUUAUCUUCACAUUAUCAACCCUUCUCAUAGCACUCUGGAUAUUUAGGUUUUCUGAAACGUCUGCAAACGCACAUCUGAACACUUUUACCUCACAGGUUCCUCGAAGUUAUAGCAAAAGUCACAGUGCCACCUGGUGGUUAAUACUGUAAUUUUUUUAAUACUUUUUUUUUUAAAGUCUGUUUUAUAAAGAACUUUGAUUUUUAAUUUAUUAUCAUAAUUUUGGCAUGUAUGCAAAUAAAGCUUUAGUCAUCUAAUA